AUGGCGCGCAAGAAGAGGAAAGCGCCACAGCUCGAGGCAUGGUGCUGGUACUGCGAUCGCGAGUUCGAGGAUGAGAAAGGAGGCCUAUCGGUGCAUCUCACGCAAGUGCACAAAGCACAGCCAGACAAGAUUGAGAACACGUUGCCGGGGCGGGAUUCUUUCGAGAUCGAGAUCUAUGGCAUGGCGGGCAUUCCAGAGACGGACCUUGCCGAAUGGAAGGAGAGACGAGCAGCGCAAAGAGCCGAUGGCAACGUGCCGGUGCAAAAUAAGCGACCAAGGAUCGAGAAGCUGGUGCUGUCCAAGGAGCAGCUGCGCAUUCAAUUGGCGGCGCACAAGGCAUUGAUGAGCGGACAGGCGCCAAUGCCCGGACUUGGUGCAGGUCCGCCGCCCGGCUUUCCGCCGGCAGGACCAUUCUCGGUCCCACCGCCAGCAUUCGGGGUUCCUCCACCCAACUUUGCGAGGCCGCCUCCCACGCAACCACCGCCCGGGUUCGGCGCGCCUCCACCAGGGAGCAUGCCCAACGCGCCGCCAGGCUAUGCUCCGCCUGCAGGUGACGAUGGCCGAGAUCAGCGCAAGGUCAAAGCUGCGGACCUCUUCUGA